AUGUCUUUAAUAGCAGAAGCACCAGAGUUUCUACAAGUUUUCUCUGAUGGAACAGUGAAACGUUUCAACCCAGAAACAUCACCACCUUCUUUAGAUUCAUCCAACAAAUACAUAUCCAAAGACAUAAUCAUCAACCCUUCAAAACCAAUUACAGGAAGACUCUUCCUUCCCAAUAAUCCAAACAAAAAACUCCUCCCUCUCUUAGUUUAUUUCCAUGGAGGUGGCUUCUGCAUUGGCUCAACAACAUGGCUAGGCUACCACUCUUUCCUCGGCGAACUCUCUGUCGCGUCACAUUCCAUUAUUCUCUCUGUCGAUUACCGUUUAGCACCGGAAUAUCGUCUUCCGAUAGCUCAUGAAGAUUGUUACUCAUCACUUGAAUGGCUUGGUGAGAAUGUGAAAGUUGAACCUUUUCUUGAACAUGCUGAUUUGAAUAAUGUGUUUCUCUCUGGUGAUAGUGCUGGUGGGAACAUUUCACAUCAUGUUGCGGUGAAAGCUAUUCAGAAGAAUGAGCUUUGUCCUGUGAAGAUUAAAGGGGUGAUGCCUAUACAUCCUUAUUUUGGGAGUGAGAAAAGGACCGAGAAAGAGAAUGGUGAAGAAGGUUCUGAGGAUGUGAGAAUGAAUGAUAUGUUUUGGAGAUUGAGUAUACCUGAAGAUUCGAACCGUGAUUAUUUUGGUUGUAACUUUGAGAAACAUGAAGUUUCUGAGAGUGUUUGGUUGAAGUUUCCUGCUGUUGAGGUUUAUGUUGCUGGGGAGGAUUUUUUGAAGGAAAGAGGUGUUAUGUAUGGUGAGUUUUUGAAGAAGAAAGGUGUGAAAGAGGUUAAGGUUGAUGAGGCUAAGGAUGAGAAACAUGUGUUUCAUGUUUUUUAUCCAGAAUCUGAUGCAACUAGGUUACUUCAAAACCAGAUGAGUCAGUUCAUGAAGAGAUGUUGUGAGCAUUGA